AUCAAUGGAUCAUAUUUGCCUCCACUGGUGGGAACUAUGUAUCUCGUUGGACAGAAUGCCGUUCCGUAAAAGAUUUUGAUGGUACAGACUCAAUAAUAACAGGGUAUAGCACCCCAUGGUGGGCAGCAGGAUAUUAUUUCGAAUCAUAUGACUAUUUCUACGGUCAAUAUUUUAAAACUGAUUAUGUAAUGUGGUAUUAUGACAAUGCCG